GGGGACGAGGAGGAGGAGGCUGAUGAGGAGGAGGAUGAGGAGGAAGAGGAGGAUGAGGAGGAUGCGGAGGAGGAGGAAGCGGAGGUGGGGGAGGAGGAAAAAGAUGAGGAUGAUGAUGAGGAGGACGAAGAGGAGGAAGAGGAGGAGGAGGAGGAGGAGGAGGAGGAGGAGGAGGAGGAGGAGGAGGAGGAGGAGGAGGAGGAGGAGGAAGGGGCGGAAGAGGAAGAGGAGGAGGAUGUGGCGGCAGUGAAGGGCCGGGGCGCGCAAGGCAGACGGGGGAGUGGUACAGGGAAGGUGGGGGGCCGGACUCGUCAUUCCUGA